CUCUGGAGCCUGGCGAGGGACCCGGGCUGCCCCGCUGCACCUUGUUCCCGGCGUCCUCCCGCCUGCGGAGGGCCGGCUCCUGGGAGCCGCGCGUGCGCGUCCUCCUGGUCGUCGUCCCGGGGCCGGGCGCGGGGACAGCUGAGGUGGCAGGGACGCCUGAACACUGCGCUUACCAAGGGUGCUCGGAGAGGAGUAGUUCAAAAUGUCAAAAAUUAGGAGGAAGGUUACAGUGGAAAACACCAAGACCAUAUCUGAGAGUACAUCCAGAAGACCUAGUGUGUUUGAGCGGCUUGGGCCCAGCACUGGCAGCACAGCAGAGACACAGUGCCGUAACUGGCUGAAGACUGGCAGCUGCCUCUAUGGGAACACAUGUAGGUUCGUACACGGCCCGUCACCUCGUGGGAAAGGCUACAGCAGCAAUUACAGAAGGUCACCAGAAAGACCUACGGGCGACCUCAGAGAAAGAAUGAAGAAUAAACGUCAGGAUAUGGAUUCUGAGUCUCAGAAGCGGAACACGGAGGAGUCGUCCUCACCCGUUAGGAAAGAAUCUUCAAGAGGGAGACAUAGAGACAAGGAAGACAUAAAAAUUGUUAAGGAGAGAACUCCAGAAAGUGAAGAAGAAAAUGUAGAGUGGGAAACGAACAGAGAUGAUUCUGACAAUGGAGAUAUUAAUUAUGAUUAUGUUCAUGAGUUAUCUUUGGAAAUGAAGCGUCAGAAAAUACAGAGAGAAUUAAUGAAGUUGGAACAAGAAAACAUGGAUAAGAGAGAAGAAAUUAUCAUCCAAAAGGAGGUUUCCCCAGAAGUGGUUAGAUCAAAAUUGUCUCCAUCACCCUCUCUGAGAAAGUCCAGUAAAUCACCAAAGCGAAAGUCCAGCCCCAAGACAUCUUCAGCUGGCAAGAAAGAGCGGAAGGCUGCUGUGGUGGCUUCUCCACUGUUGGACCAGCAGAGGAAUUCAAAAAGCAACCAAAGUAAAAAGAAAGGGCCACGGACUCCCAGUCCACCUCCUCCUAUACUAGAAGACAUCAUUCUGGGGAAAAAAUACAAAGAAAAGUAUAAAGUGAAAGACAGGAUAGAAGAAAAGCCAAGAGAUGGAAAGGACAGAGGACGAGAAUUUGAAAGGCAAAGAGAAAAAAGAGAUAAGCCAAGGUCUUCCUCCCCGGGACAGCACCAUUCUCCUCUGUCUUCUAGACACCACUCGUCAUCCUCACAGUCAGGAUCCUCUAUCCAGAGACAUUCUCCUUCUCCUCGUCGGAAAAGAACUCCUUCCCCAUCCUACCAGCGGACGUUAACUCCAUCCUUACGACGUUCUGCCUCUCCUUAUCCAUCGCAUUGUCUGUCUUCUCCUCAGAGAAAGCAAAGUCCUCCAAGACAUCGCUCUCCAAUGCGAGAAAAAGGAAGGCAUGAUCAUGAACGGACAUCACAGUCACAUGACCGGCGUCACGAAAGGAGGGAAGAAACUCGAGGCAAAAGGGAUAGGGAAAAGGACACCAGAGAAGAGCGGGAGUCUGAACACGACCACAGGGAUGACCGAGAACUGCGAGAUAGCCGGGACCGGAGAGACACUAGAGACCGCAGAGAACUGAGAGACUCCAGAGACAUCCGGGACUCUAGAGAAAUGAGGGAUUAUAGCAGAGAUACCAAGGAGAGCCGAGAUCCCAGAGAUUCUCGAUCCGCUCGGGAUGUCCAUGACUACAGGGACCGAGAAGCUCGGGAUGUUCGCGAUGUUCGGGAUGCUCGAGAUGUCCGAGAUGCUCGAGAUGCCCGAGAUGCUCGCGAUGCCCGGGAUAUUCGAGAUGUGCGGGAUGCUCGAGAUGUUCGGGAUGCUCGCGAUGCUCGAGACGUGCGAGAUGUUCGAGAUGCUCGCGAUGCCCGGGAUGCUCGGGAUGGUCACCGGAAGGAGGAUGUGUACCAGGAAGAAACCCGCAGUUAUGGCAGAAACCACCUGCGAGAAGAGAGUUCUCGAGUUGAGCUAAGGAAUGACUCUAGAAAUGAGUCUCGAAGUGAAAUUAGAAAUGACCGCAUGGGCAGAAGUAGGGGGAGAGGUCCUGAAUUGCCCGAAAAGGGAAGUCGAGGAACAAGAGGUUCCCAAAUGGAUAGCCAUAGUAGUAGCAGCAACUAUCAUGAUAGCUGGGAAACUCGAAGUAGCUAUCCUGAAAGAGACAGAUACCCUGAGAGAGACACUCGAGAUCAAACAAGGGACUCUUCCUUUGAGAGAAGGCAUGGAGAAAGAGACCGUCGGGACAACCGAGAGCGAGAUCAAAGACCAAGCUCACCUAUUCGACAUCAGGGAAGGAGUGAGGAGCUUGAGCGCGAUGAAAGAAGAGAGGAACGAAGAAUAGACAGAGUAGACGAGAGAAGAGAUGAAAGGGUUAGAGACAGAGAUAGGGAUCGAGAGCGAGAAAGGGAGCGGGAGAGAGAGCGGGAGCGAGAUCGGGAGCGAGAAAAGGAAAGAGAAAGAGAACUAGAAAGGGAGAGAGCUAGAGAGCGUGAGAGAGAAAGAGAGAAGGAGAGGGAGAGAGAACGAGAGAGAGAUCAGAGAGAUCGUGACCAUGAUCGAGAGCGAGAAAGAGAGAGGGAACGAGAGAGGGAGCGGGAAAAAGAGCGGGAGCGAGAGCGAGAAGAGAGAGAGAGGGAAAGGGAACGGGAGCGGGAGAGAGAACGAGAGCGGGAGAGAGAACGAGAGAGAGAGCGAGAAAGGGCCAGAGAAAAAGAACGAGAACGGCAGAGAGAGUGGGAAGAUAAAGACAAGGGACGUGAUGACCGGAGGGAGAAGCGUGAGGAUGUCCGAGAGGACAGGACCCCCAGAGACAACCACGAGGAGAGGAAGUCCAAGAAGCGCUAUAGAAGCGAAGGGAGUCCCAGCCCCCGGCUGUCCCCCAAGCGCCGGCGGGAGCAUUCUCCAGACAGCGACACCUACCACAGUGGGGAUGACAAGAAUGAAAAACAUAGACUCUUGAGCCAGGUUGUGCGACCACAGGAAUCGCGUUCUCUCAGCCCAUCACACCUCACAGACGACAGGCAGUGUAGAUGGAAAGAGGAGGAUCGCAAAUCCGAGAGAAAAGAGAGUUCACGGCGCUAUGAAGAGCAAGAACUCAAAGAGAAGGUUUCUUCUGGCGACAGGCAAAGGGAGCCGGCAGGAAGCAUGGAGAGCUCAAGGGGGCGCGCGCAAGACCUGCUGAGCCAUCGCCAGGCCGAAGAGCGAGACCGCGACGGCUCUGAUCGAGCCCACGAUGAAAAGAAAAAAGCAAAAGCUCCGAAGAAACCUGUUAAGAAAAAAAAAGAGGAUGAUGUUGGACUAGAGAGGGGCAACCUUGAGACGUCUGAAGAUGCUCAGGUGUUUUCACCAAAAAAAGGACAGAAGAAGAAAAACAUCGAAAAAAAGCGUAAACGAUCCAAAGGCGAUUCUGAUGUUUCUGACGAAGAAGUGGCCCCACAGAAUAAACGGAAGAGAGGCCCGCGGACGCCUCCUCUGGCCAUCAAGGAGGAGCUGAUUGACAUUUCCACUGACAAGGAUGGCAGCAUCCUUGAGGAUGCUCUGAAGAAAGAAGAUACAGCCUUCAGUGACUGGUCAGAUGAGGAUGUGCCUGACCGCACCGAGGGGAUGGAACCAGAGCACAGCGCAGCCACCGCCACUCCUGGAAGUACCCCUUCCCCUCUGUCCUCUCUGCUCCCUCCUCCGCCUCCUGUGGCUGCUGCAAGUACUGCAGCAACUGCUCUGGCCUCCUCAGCUACUGCUGCCGCCACCUCUGCUGCUAUUCCCAGCUCUGCCGCCACCUCCAAUGCCAAUGCCAGUGAAGACUCACAUAGAAAAUGCCACAGGACACGAGGGGAGAAAGUAGAGGCACCUCAUAUGACAGUAGAAGACACACCACAUCGCAAGCUGGUGGACCAAAAGAGAAGCAGCAGCCUUGGAAGCAAUCGAAGUCACCGUAGCCACACCUCUGGUCGCCUGCGUUCCCCGUCGAAUGAUUCUGCCCAUCGAAGUGGGGAUGACCAGGGUAGUCGAAAGAGAGUGCUGCAUAGUGGUUCCAGAGACAGAGAAAAAACAAAGAGCUUGGAAAUCACAGGAGAGAGAAAGUCUAGAAUUGAUCAGUUAAAGCGUGGAGAACCCAGUCGAAGUACUUCCUCAGAUCGCCAGGAUUCUAGAAGCCACAGCUCACGAAGAAGCUCUCCUGAGUCGGAUCGGCAGGUUCAUUCACGGUCUGGGUCGUUUGACAGUAGAGACAGACUCCAAGAACGAGAUAGGUAUGAGCAUGACAGGGAGCGGGAGAGGGACCGCAGAGACCCCCGGCAGAGGGACUGGGACCGGGACGCUGAUAAAGAGUGGCCACGGACCAGAGACCGGGACAGACUGCGGGAACGAGACAGAGAACGGGACAAAAGGAGAGACUUGGACAGAGAGAGAGAGAGACUGAUCACUGACCCCAUGGAAAGGGACAGAGAACGAGAUAGAACUUUUGAGACUUCUCAAUCGGAAUCUGUGAAGCGCAGUGAAGCCAAGUUGGAGAGCGAACAUGAAAGAGACCUCGACAGCAGUUCCCGGGACUCUGUGGCCUUGGAUAAGGAAAGAAUGGAUAGAGCCCUGGGGUCGCUGCAGGGAUUUGAAGAUGUGGGUAAAGCUGGAAGAACAGAGAGUCUGGAAGCAGGAGACGACGAAUCCAAGUUAGAUGAUGCACAUUCAUUAGGAUCUGGUGCUGGGGAAGGCUAUGAGCCCAUCAGUGAUGACGAAUUGGAUGAAAUUCUGGCAGGGGAUGCAGAAAAGAGAGAGGACCAGCAGGAAGAGGAGAAGAUGCCAGAUCCCUUAGAUGUGAUCGAUGUGGACUGGUCUGGACUUAUGCCAAAGCAUCCAAAAGAACCCAGAGAGCCUGGGGCGGCCCUCCUAAAGUUCACGCCUGGGGCUGUUCUGCUACGAGUUGGGGUUUCCAAAAGGCUGGCAGGUUCUGAUCUCUUUACUAAAGUUAAAGAAACGUGUCAGCGGCUUCUAGAAAAACCCAGAGAUGCAGAGAGCCUUUUCGAACAUGAACUAGGCGCUCUCAACAUGGCUGCUCUACUGCGAAAGGAAGAGCGAGCAAGUCUUCUUAGUGACCUGGGGCCAUGCUGUAAAGCGUUAUGUUUCAGACGAGAUUCUGCAAUCCGGAAGCAGCUUGUGAAGAAUGAAAAGGGAACCGUGAAGCAGGCGUACACAAGCACUCCAGUGGUGGACAACGAGCUGCUUCGGCUGAGUCUACGGCUGUUUAAGAGGAAGACCACCUGCCAUGCCCCUGGACAAGAAAAGGCUGAAGACAGUAAAUUAGCACCGUCCAGUAUCCAGCAGGAGCUGUGUGUGUCCUAGGCAGAAACUGAGGACAGCCCUCUGGUUCCAUCUUCUCAGCAGUGGGUAAUCUUCCUUGGAGGUCUUUGCUUUGAAGACAUUGCUAAUUACAAAGACAGAAGAUUCACCAGCCACACUGCGAGUGAAGAACUUCUAUCUUUAGAGACACUGGUUUUGGUUUAUUUAAGAUUGUACAUUAGUUUUUAUACAGUAAUCAACACUCAGGCAAAAUAAUGUGAAAGCAUCUAGAUUUAGUAGUUUCGUCUGUGUCUUCUUUAAAAAUUGAAGAUUUUAGGAAACCAGGUUAUCCCUGCUCUUCCAGCCUGUGAAUACAUCCUAUGAUAUAAAAGCACUGAUUUUUAUUCUGGAUUAUCGUACAGAAACUGACCUUAGUCAGAAAGGCGGCGUAGAUGCAAGCUGCUGCACAUGCUGUGGUGCCGACCGAGCACCGAGGGAGCGGCCUGACACACAGCUGGAGGCAGUCUCCACCUAAAGGAAGCCCAAGUGCGCUUUUUUGUUUUUUCUUUUGAAUAUUCUAAAAUAAAUGACUCCAUGGGAUUUUUUUUACACAUGUAUAUUGCUACAUUAUAUAUUGGAAGUCUUUGGACUCUUGAGUGGGGUUUAAUUGUUCAUUAUCAGAGACUGUGUGCUAUUUUAUUUUUAAUAAAUGUGCGUUCCCUUUCCUU